AUGUCUCCAGUCUUCUGCGAGACUGUCUUUCAGCCAGAGCAUGACAGCAGGGGAGACAACGUGAUAGAGGAGCCACCAAAGAGAGGUGCCAUGCUGGACCUUGUUCUCACUAACAAGGAGGGGCUGGUGGGCAGUGUGAAGCCCAAGGGAAAUCUGGAAACAUUAGCUAACGGUCUCCUGCUGACUAGCAAGUUACCUUCUGAUGAGCAUGAAAACUAUCAUUGUGGAGACAACAAGCAAAAAUUCGAAAAAGAACGAAACUUGUCUGGAGAUGAAGACACUGAUGGUGGUGAUGAUGAUGAUGAUGAUGAUGAUGACAAUGAUGAUGACGAUGAAGAAGGAGGGGAAGAAACAGAGAAAGAAGAGGAAACAGAGGAAAAAUAUGAAAAGGAGAAACAUAGUAAAUCACCCAAGGGAGAGAAAAGCAGUAAUAGCACAGUGGAAACUGUUGAGACAGGAGGGACUACUCAGAAAGAGACCAUCAUUCAGCAGGAGAAAGAAGGCACUGACAAUCACUCUGUGAACAAUUCUUCAGAGAACAGUGAUGACCAAAUAACUGGAGGAAUCUUUGGGAGGAAAAAGCAAAAGCCGUUGACAGGCCAAAAGAACAUAUGUAGCAGAAAGGAAGAUAGAUCUGGAAAUCUAUUACAGAGUGGACAAGAAAAAGAAAAGGAAGAUUUAUCUGGUGAAGACAGUAAAGAUGAAAGCCAGAAUAAUACUUUGGAGAACUCCAGGGAAACUGUGACUAACCAGGACAGAAGGAUGAAAUCUUCUACUUGUAUAUUACUCUAACACUGUUAGAGUACGUAAGAAUGUGACAGUCUUAAAGCACAUAGUGCAUUUUUACUUGAAAACAGUUACAACUCACUAGAGAUGUUGACGGUUGCUUUUUUGAUUAAUUGGAUUGCUAUGAUUUUAAACAUGUAGACCAUUUUCUUUAUAUUUAUUGGUAAUUUUAAUAGUUGCAAUUGAUAUGCUUAUCAGCAUCUUGCUGGACUUCUGUGGCCUUAACUGUUAGUAUUGUAAAACAAAAUAUAUUUUUUUAUGAGAAAAGUUGAAUACAGGCAUUUCAUGGUUUUUGCUAAAUAAUUUUAUUCUGUUUCAUUCUACAGAGUAACACUUUCAGUAUGAUACUCUUGCAAAAUUAUAAUAUUUGGUGUAAGAUAUUACUUGGUUUAACAACCUAGGUAUUAAUAUUGAAGUUGACAUUUUAAAGAGGGUACUCAGUUACUUAGAAAUACCUAUGCCUCUUUGUGUUUUGACUUAGAAAAAUAGCAAUAUAACUUCCAAGUUAACAUGCAGGCCGUUAUUGAGGAGGUUACUUCAGUAUGUGCCUAAUUUCAUAUGUGGCACUCGUUCCACUGGAAACAGUACCUAAGAGUUGUGUAAGUAUGUAAGUAAGUAUCCUGCCAAAUUGGGACUUGGAGAAACCUUUCAUUUCUGAGAGAUGCUGAACUCUCUCCUGCUGAAAUCAGUGUACGCUGAUGGGACACUUUCUUCACAGAAUCAGGCCCAAUAAAAACUGGACAUCCUCACUGGUGUUUCAGUUGGAUUCUAAUCCUAUGUUCUUUCAACAUCCAUACCUUAAUGAGUCUCUAGUGAAGCUUUUCUUACAGGAAAAUAAUGUAGCCAGUUACUAUGGAAUACAUUGGUAUGACAGACAGAUCAUUAUGGGCUAAAUAUUCAUGUUUUUCUCAGGCAACCUGGCUUUUUUUCAGAUGGAGGCUGAGCAGCAGGAGUAAUGAAUCCCAUUACUGGUAUGGAUAAGCAGUAUGUUUGGGUUUUUAAUUAGUCCAAGAAGCAGAAGUAACAAACCCACUAUUUUAAUUACCAGCAUUGCCUCCAAAUAAAAUUUGAUUUCUAAAAUUGUACUCCAGACAAAUAAGAAAUAUAACCCUUACCAUGAUGAAUCUGAUCCAGCGUCUAUGUUUGCCUCUAAACUAAAAACUAAGCAUACUAGAAUAUGCUUAUUUUUUAUGAAUAUAGACAAGCUCUAGCAUAAAUAUAAAAUACAUAAUUAUUUCUAAACCGAGUACUUUUCAGAAUACUUUACAAGGGAGAGAUUGUCUUUGUAGAAAACCAAGGAAAACGUUACUUAAUUUCACUGACAUAUGAACACAUUUUAAUAUGCCUUUGGCCAUAUUUUGCCUUUGGAUUAUCAGUUUUCCUAGUUUCAGACUCGCUUAAGUUUUAUAUAACAGAAGUGUCUGGAGUUGUAUUCGACCUAGAAGUUGAUUCAGCCGAAUGCUUUGUCUCUGUAAGUAUGGCAGGUGCCCAGAUUCUUUCACGGGGCCUCCUCUGUGCUACAGUUAGCAUCAUACUAAAAACCUGGGUGCUUGGGUGAUCCUUUGCCAGAGUUAAUUGAGAUCCUUUUGUUGCUCUAAUUUUUCUUUGGCCUACUCUUGAGUUCUGCAAUGAAUCUUACAUGAGCUAUUUUUUCUUUGCCAGUAUGCAUUAUAUUUACAUAUUUUCUUGUUUUCCUGAAUGCACAUGUUGUUUCUGUUCUACUUGGGUACUGUUGUGAAUAGUAAAAAAGUGGAAAGGGAGAAAUAAAGUAAAUAGUGUCCUCCGUAA